CCACUCGUAUAAAAAGCUUUCCAUUGUCUGGAGCAGCUGCUGUUUGACUCAACACAUCGGCAGACAUUCAUUCAACAAGGUGUUCGAUUUUGUAAUUCUAGGUUAACUGAGGACCUCCACAGACGCGCAGCCAUGAAUCCCAAAGGGGAUAAGCCGAAGUCGAAGAUUUCGGCUUCCCGCAAGCUCUCCCUCAAAAUGCUGCUCCUCCAAAAAGCUUGCGAGGAUCUGGAGAAGGAGCGACAGGAUCGAGAGGAGGAGAAAGGGCGCUACCUGAAGGAAAAGUUGCCUCCUCUGCAGCUGUCUGGUUUGUCGCUAGAUGAUCUCCAAAAACUGUGCAAAGAGCUUCAUGAAAAAAUUGACAUUGUGGACGAAGAGAGGUAUGACUGUGAACAUAAAGUCAGCAAACACAACAAAGAUAUCCACGAACUGAAGCUGAAAGUCCAGGACCUUGGAGGCAAGUUUAAAAAACCGGCCCUUAGGAAGGUGAGGGUCUCAGCAGACGAGAUGAUGAGAGCUCUGCUGGGCUCCAAACACAAGGGCUCAAUGGACCUCAGAGCCAACCUUAAGUCUGUGAAAAAGGAGGAUGUCAAGCAGGACAAGGUGCUCACCAGCGAAGUGGGUGACUGGCGUAAGAACGUGGAAGCCAUGUCGGGUAUGGAGGGCCGCAAGAAGAUGUUCGAUACUGCCGGCGGAGCGCAGUGAGACGCUGCAGCGAAUCAGGACAGUAGCCCCAAAAGCCGAAAUAAGAUGCCCCGCUCACCUGAAGGCUGACCGACAUUUACCCCGCAGUUUUUUCUUCUUCUUCAAUACAAUCACCCAAAGCAAGUGUAUCCUAAGACGACUAGAGACCCAGUAUUUGUUUUUGUCGUGACACUUAGCGAGCUAAGAUGAGACAAAUAAAAAGACAGUUUCUAUCUUUGACGAUC